GUAAACCCGACUUGAUCAUGAAAUUCCAUUGACGUCACAAUUAAUUAUGUAUUAUUAUUUUUGUGUUGGUUUUUAAUUUAAGCUCACUUUUAUAUAGGUAUCAAUUAUUUAGUUCAAAUGCGUUAAAUAAUGAGGAGAGAUGCGUUAAAGAUGCACGUUCAUUUCGUCUGUUUGUUUGUGUCCUUUUUUUCUUUGGUUAAAUGUGAACUGCGUUUAAAAAUAUCGGAAUACAAGCAUGACGAAGUUGCGCAACCGAUAAAUUCCACAAUCGAGGCGUUAGCAGGUACGAAUCUUCAUUUAGCUUGUUCGAUCGACGGCCCCGGGCGGUUUUCCACGCCGAACCUGCGAUGGGGCCGCAAAACGAAGGAGUUGAGAUUUCGUAACGAAACCGACUUGGCCGUCUUGGCGGUGCAGCACUACGGGCCGCUGCUAAAUUUGAGCGAACAUAUCGACUAUUGGGAGAGCAAUAAAGUUAUACGUAGCUUUGUGCCCGUUAAAAUUACAGAUCGCGGCGCUCACUUCUGUAUGAGUUACAAGUACAUGUUGUUUAAGAUCGUGCACCUCAGGGUGAAGGAGGCGUAUAUGGACACGGGCAAAUUUUCGCCGGGAUGCACCCCGAACGAAUUUCGAUGCGCGUCAAGCGGGUUUUGCAUCAAUUCCCAUUAUAAGUGCGACGGGAGAAUGGAUUGCAAGGACGGAUCGGACGAAGAUUGGAAUACUUGCAAUGGUAACGCGUGUUGGGGUAAAAUCCGAUGUGACAAUGGGCGCUGCAUACCGCACGCCUGGUGCUGUGACCGACAUUCCGAUGAUAACUGUAACGUUACGAUUAGGCACGAUUGCUGCCCACCGUUGCAAAAUCCGUAUGAUCCGAUGUUGUGGGAUGCAGACAAUAGCGUUACUAAAGCUGAACCGACGAGUACUGGGUCCAAGUAUCUCUUUAUUACAAUAUGUGUGGUAAGUGCCCUUCUAUCCUUCGUCUUAUUCCUGUUCGUCAUAUCAAAAGUAUGCGGAUUCGACGCCUUGCCGAUUCAAAGACCGACGAAUCAGCCGUCUCCACCGUCCAUCUGUGAUCACUCCGAAUGCGUACUUAGAAGACAAUUUAGUGCCGACAACGCGUGCCUUUAUCGCCAAGACGCGAACGUGAUCAAUACCGAUCACAGCACCGACCUCGGCGAUCCGCUGAUUAUAAUGAGCACGGAACGUAUUUCCGAUCAGCCGCCGUCCUACUCCGAGGUUAUCAAUACGCCGCCGAGCAUCGACAAGUCUACAUUAGAUUUGCUGAGCGCGCCUCCGCCGCCGUAUUCGAGUAUGCGGUUCGAACGAACGAGUCAAAGCCAAAGCUGUGAUACAUCCGAUGAUACAAAUCAUCAUCAUAUCUCUACUUAACAAUCCUAGUAUUGCAAGAUCUGACAGUACUACCUACUAGCUUAAGUAUAUAACGCUUAAUAGUAUUAUUCUUGUUUAUUGUAUUGUAUAUAUUUUAUAUAAAUGAAAAAAAAAAUAGUUUCA